CGUGACAGCGCGUGACGCGUCAUUGUACUUCCUGUUUAACGCGUGACUACAGAGUACGCGCCUACGGACUAUAAACAACAAAGAUCAGAAGAGACCUAGACAGAAAUAAGAGAAGUUCAUGAUGGCUGAUGGUUCAACAAUGACUAACGGAGAAGACAUUGACGAUGAUGAUGAUGAUAUUGUCAGCCCGGAUGACCUGUCUGAAGUGUUGGCUAUUGGGACAAAAGAGUCCCAUGACAGAGCCGAAAACUCACCAUUUGUCAAGGACUUCCUGAGGGGACGAAUUAAGAGAGAACUUUUUAAGCUUGGCACGGCUGCCCUGUACUUCGUAUAUUCUGCCAUUGAGGAAGAGAUAGAAAAGCACAAGGACCACCCCAUGUUCGCCCCGCUGUAUUUCCCCUCCGAGCUGCACAGGCGAGACGCCUUGGCCAAGGACUUGGAGUAUCUCUACGGUGAAGACUGGGAGAGCAAGAUCUCCUGUUCUGCGGCCACUCGGCCCUACGUAGACCGCGUUCACGAGGUGAGCCGUGAAGAUCCGGGUCUGCUGGUGGCGCACGCUUGGACCCGAUACAUGGGUGACCUAUCGGGCGGGCAGAUUCUGAAGAAAGUUGCUCAGCGGGCAUUAAAGCUGCCCUCAACUGGUGAGGGAUCGUACUUCUACCAGUUUGAAGGCAUUCAUAACCCCACCGCUUUUAAGAGGCUGUACCGCAGCCGGAUGAAUGAGCUGGAAGUGGACGAUGAGACCAAACAGAGGCUGUUGGAUGAAGCUAACCUGGCCUUCAAGUUUAAUUUGGAUGUCUUCACCGAGCUCCAGGAGAUUGGGAAAGAUAUUAAAGAGGAGGUGCAGGACAUUGGGCUCCCAGCCCAUGGGGACAUGGGAGGAGACAUUAGUAAAUGUCCAUACUAUGCAGCCAAAAUGGCGGUGAGUGGAAACACAACCUACGCAUGUCAGUUCGCCAAGACGUUGAUUCAACAACCCACAAUACAGGUAUUGCUGGCCACAUGGGUCGCAGCUCUCGCCGGAUUGGCUGCCUGGUACCUCAUGUGAUCACCUUUACCUGGACAACCAAUCAGAAAUGAAGGAAACAGCUAGUGAUGUAUGGCAUGACACAAACAGACCCGUUGAAGGUCAGUUCACGACAAACUCCCGAAAACCUUCCCAAAAGCGUCUUUAUCCACCACUCGCCCCAGUCUCGUGGAGAAAAACAUGGUAUCAGAACUGCUGUAGCGCU